UCUGACGGUCAGGACUGAACAUAUGCUUUGCUCGUCACUCAAACUUCCCAUGCAAUGUAUGCAGAGUCCUAACGAGGAAAUAUGAAUUUAGUUUAUGACCUGCUGGUCACGUCAGCCAUUGAUAAAUUACACACUAUAGAGUUAACCUAUGUUAUGUUUUUCUUUGAUAAUUUGAGUUAAAAAGAAAACCAUUACCCGAAAUGUACUCUUUUGACUCGUUAUAAUCUUCCAAGCUGGACACGGUUUUGGACACAUUUAUUCGCCUCACCAGCUCCAUGGGUCUGAAGGACUUCUUUCGUACCGUCUGCUGUUGUGGUGCUUACAACAAAACGAAAGAGAAAGAACCUCUUUUAAGAAAUAACCACAGUGUUACCACGUACAGUGCAGAAUCAGUGGCCUUGAGCGAUGAUGAGUGGAACCUGUGGGGCUCCUCGCACAUAGAGUCUGAUGAUGACAGAGAGCUGUACAACCUGAUUGUGACGAGGAACCAGCUACAACAUGACACAGAGGAGUGGGAGAAACUUAAUUACGACAUUCACACCCUGCAGCAAACCCAUCGAGAGGUGAGAGGCAGAUGGAGAAAGAUUUUAGAAAAAUUAGGGUUUCAGAAGGAAGUGGAUUCCUUGCUGUUGGUUAGCAAAUUGAGUACAUUGAGUGACUCUGAAAACCUCAGUGAAGCAAAGGAGGUUUUGUUAAAACUUUCAGAAGAGACCAGUUUAUUUCCCAACGGUUUUGGAGUUCAGGAAAGGUAUCUUUUUGUACUGGAUCGUCUUGUAUCCCUUGACGCUGCUGAAGAAUUUUUCAAAAUGGCAAAAAAAAAAUAUCCAAAGAACUCGGAAUAAAAUGCAGUGGUAGAGCCCACCGUGCUAACGCACAUUUGCUUGAUAUUAUUCUGAACAUGGAGAGACUAUCAAAGGGAUCUUUUUAUUCUUGCCAGCAGAUUGGCCAGUUGGAAUUUCAGGAAGUCUCUGAACUGUACACUAUUACAGUCUCUAACCCACUAUGCAAACUGCACAGUGGGAUCCAAUGGAAAAUAAGAAUGGUAAGUUUUAAAAUGUAGUGGUUAGACCAUCUAUAUGAAUAUGUAUUCAUUAUUUUAUUAUACAAAUACAGCAAGAAAAGCUUUUAUCAAAUAUUUACAAAUCAUUACAACAGUUGUUUAAUUUAUUUUUUAAGAAAAGGCAAUAAGGGACCAACAAUAUAAGAUAAAAAAUACAGUAACCUAUUCUCAAAACACGUAUUCAUAUCAGCAGUUAUUUAAGGUGGUUCAUUCAUGAAAACGUAAUAAAUUGGUAUGAAAACGAGAUUUCAUUAACAUUACUAUAAAAGUAAGCAGGUAAUAGGGAGGUCCCCAUGCAUGCGUGAUUUCCAUUAUUUUACUGUGUUCAUUUAAAGUGUAUAUAUGUUAUUAAUCUGGUUUAUGUUGAGUAAAAUGAGUUUUGUAUGCAACUUUAGUCAAUAUGUAUUGUAAUCUGCUAUAACAUACACUAGGUGACAUUGCUUUACAUGCUGUAAGUGCCCAUUUCCCCUUUAACGUAAUUUUAAUAAACAAGACAUACAUCAGAAAAAA